AUGGGGCUUUCGCGCUCGAAUUCAGCUCCACUAUCCUAUUCCUUUUGCAUGCAUGCUUUUUUUCUUCUUUGGUACUGUGGCUUGUUGGUCACCUUCGUGUCUGGUGGGAAUAAUGAGACAGACCAGUUGGCGUUGCUUGAGUUUAAAGCCAAGAUAACUAGUGACCCUUUCGGGGUUAUGAGCUCUUGGAAUAACAACAUCCACUUUUGUCAAUGGCGAGGGAUUACUCGUGGUCACCGACAUCAGAUGGUCACAAUGUUGGACCUAAAAUCUCUGAAACUGGUAGGUUCCAUAUCAUCGUCUGUUGGAAAUUUAAGUUUUUUGAAGAGUCUAACACUCCAAAACAACAGCUUUCAUAAUGAAAUCCCUCUAGAAAUUGGUCGUUUGCAUAGAUUGCAAGUCUUACGAUUGCAAAAUAACACAAUCAAUGGCAAAAUUCCUAUCAGUUUAGCCAGUUGCACUAACCUCAAUUUCCUUCAAGUCAGUUACAACCUUCUGACUGGAGAAAUCCCAUCAAAUCUUGGCACUUUGUCAAAACUCCGAUUCUUUGCUAUUCCCCAAAAUAAUGUGACAGGAAGUAUCCCAAAUUCUUUCGGAAACAUGUCAUCUCUUGAAGUGUUUUCUGCAUUUUUUAAUCAAUUGGGUGGGAGCAUCCUUGAUUCUUUUGGCCAAUUGACCAAACUUACAGUUUUUAAUAUGGGUUCAAAUAAGUUGUCUGGUACAAUUCCUCCUUCAUUCUUCAAUCUUUCAUCAAUGAUUGACUUUAAUGUAGGAGGAAAUCGAAUCCAAGGGCAUCUUCCACUAGACAUAGGUAUCACUCUACCAAAUAUCCAUUUCUUUUCCAUUAUUGAAAACCAAUUUACUGGAUAUAUCCCUGCUUCAAUAACUAAUGCCUCAAAUCUAUAUCUUCUUUAA